AUGGGGGUGAUGAUGAAAGCUAUAUUGUCACACAAGAAACAUAUUGUGGGGAAUAUUUUGUUACCCAGCAGCCUGUCGUCAGCAAUGUCAUCCAAAAGGCAAGCUGCAAAAACAGCUGAUGGUUCUAUUGCAACUCAAGCAGAAAAUCCAGAGAAGCAUGCAUCGACUGCUUCAAAACUGAGAAAGCUGGUAGAUGAUUCCAAAGUGGUGGACAUUGAAGACUGCUGGAGUCCACCACAGUGGGAAGGAGUGCUGGAGAACAUCCGCUCCAUGAGAGCUGCCCGUGAUGCUCCGGUGGACAGCAUGGGAGCUGAGGUGUUCAUGAACGACCCUGGUGCCACUGACUCCAAGGCAGGUCGUCUGCACGUGCUGGUCUCGUUGAUGCUGUCUAGUCAGACUCGGGACGAGGUGAACCACGCCGCCAUGACGCGGCUCCGACAGGCGGGUCUGAGCGUGCAGUGGCUGCGGACGGUACCGGAAUCGGAACUGGCUGAGCUGAUCAAACCGGUCGGGUUCUGGAGGCGGAAGGCGCAGUACCUGAAGGCGGCGGCCGCCCUGCUGGAGACUGAGUUCGGUGGCGACAUCCCCGGCUCGGUGGGCGACCUAUGCCGACUGCCCGGCGUCGGACCCAAGAUGGCCCACCUGACCAUGAACAUCGCCUGGAGACAGGUCUCCGGCAUCGGCGUGGACACCCACGUACACCGUAUCGCCAACCGGCUGGGCUGGGUGCAGAAACCCACCGGCACCCCGGAGCUGACGCGACAGGCGCUGGAGGCGUGGCUGCCGCGACAACACUGGACAGAGAUCAACCUGCUCCUGGUGGGUCUGGGGCAGCAGCUCUGUACGCCGGUGGCGCCGCGCUGUGGCGACUGUCUGAACCGCAACUUGUGUCCGUCCGCCGCCGCACCCUCCCCGACCAAGAAGAAGCCGCGGCGCAGUGCUGCCUCAUUUACAUAGAGCAUGGACCGCAGGAGCUCAAUCCUGCCUCAUUGGAGUCAUGGUUUUUGGUCAGUCGACCUAGUUAUGGUACGUUUCCAGGCAAAGAUACAUGAGUGCCAUCACUUGUAUUUUGAAUAAUUCCAGGAUUUGUAUAUGUUUUCAUUGUUACAGCGCCAAGCACCAAGGAAAGUGUUGUGGCUAAACGCACUCUUGGUUCAAGUACAAAUGCUCGUUUUUGCAGUAUUGAGUCUACAGUGUCUAGGUCAGGGCUUGUGAUAGUUUUGAUGACUGUUUUUGUACAUUUUCACCGUAGUACGUGCCAUUUGGCAUUUACUUCUGCAUGGAACGGCCCGGAAUAUAUGAUUGUUUUUU